AUGUCUGACGGAUAUAUUGAUACAGAUAAUCAACAGCGUCCUCGUUCACUAUUGCGGCAAGUACGUGAAACAUUCACUGGUAUCAAUCGUCAACGUCAAACCGUUAAAGCAAGAACGAACUCACCUGUAUAUACAUUAGUGAAUAAAAACCUUACAUCUCUGGAUGAUAUUGACAUUAGUAACAUGCAAACAAAAUCUCCUACGAAAAAAUCGACUCCGAUCUCAUUUACACAUCAUUUAUCAUUGCUAAAUCAAGUCAAAUCACGUUUUAACAAAAGUCGCCGAUUACAAACAUCGUUAGAUAGUGACGAGUAUGCACAUUCAUCGUUGCCAUCCGUGAUUUUAUCUCCAGUAAGUAGUUGA